GCUGAUUUGAUAUUCGAGUUUUGACUCUAGACGUUAACCUCUAAACUGAAACAACUUUCUAUUGUUAUUUGUAAUAUUUUUUUAGUAUUUUUUUGUAAUUAAUCUAAAAUUAUGUUAAAAUUAAUCUAAAAUGAUAUUUCAUAGUUAAUAAUUCAAGUUCAUCCCCUUUCCAUUUUGGUUACAUUCAUGUGAUUUCAAAUUUGUCUGUAACUAAAUAUAGGUUAAGUUACGUGGUACAAAACAGUAAAGUAUUUAAAAGCCCAAAGCUGGUUAUUUAAUUCUUGAUGUUUUUUCUUUGAUUUUGAUAACAUAAAUAAUCAUGUCUAGCUCUGAUAAGCAUGUCGACCGGGAUUUAGAUCUCUCCAAUGCUGGUAGAGGAGUUUGGCUUGUAAAGGUGCCAAAAUACGUUGCAAACAGAUGGGAGAAAGCAUCAAGCACAGUAGAAGUUGGAAAACUCAAAAUUUCCAGGACUCCUGGUCAGAAGGCCCAAGUUUCACUUUCUCUUUCUGAGUCAAUAAUGUGCCUGAAAGAGCCCGGGGAAGAAAAUAUUCCAAAGGAACAUCGUCUUGAUGUUUCAAUGGUAACCAGGCAAACGCUAGGAGUGUUCUCUCACUACACACCCAAUCCAAAUGCAGAUGCUAUUGUACCAGAACCAGAAAAAUUGUGCCUUGAAGGAAAAAUUGUCCAGAAGCUAGAAUGUAGACCAUAUGCCGACAGUUGUUAUAUGAAAUUGAAGUUGGAAUCAAUCAAAAAAGCAAUGGUGCCCAAUAGACAAGUUAAGCAACUUGACAAAAUUGUACAGAACUAUAAACCAGUUUCCGAUCAUAAGUCCAAUAUUGAGUACGAAGAAAAGAAGAAAUCCGAAGGCAAAAAGGCUCGUGAAGACAAGGAUGUGGUUCUAGAGAUGAUUUUUGCUGCAUUUGAGCAGCACCAGUACUAUAAUAUCAAGGAUCUGGUUGUCAAAACUCGCCAGCCUGUGGUCUAUUUGAAAGAGAUUCUGAAAGAGGUUUGCAACUACAAUGUGAAGAAUCCGCAUAAGAAUAUGUGGGAAUUGAAGCCCGAAUACAGACAUUACAAAGACCCAGAGCAAACUACGUCACAGCAGCCUUCCACUUCCGACUGAUAUCAUCAAUAUUGAUUGUCUGUGUUUGUGUUGUCUGAUUGAUUGAUUGAUUUCGAGAGUGUAGGUGAGAGUGAACAAGUGCAGUGCUACUUUUAUUUAUCAAUUAUUCUCAAAUAUUAUUUAAACUUUGCGACGAUGUUAUUUAACAUUUGAACUUUCACUAAGCGACGAUAUUUAAACUUUGUGAUGACUUAUUUUCAAUUUGUAUGCACGUGAAAACAAUAUAUUGGAAGAUUAAAACCUUUCUAAUCCUAUGGGAUAAAUUUAUGAUUUCAGUUUUAUUGAUUGAUCACAGUCUCAAUCAGUUCUUUGUUGAAACAUUUUAGUAGUUUGAUAAUGUCAAUAUUUGAAGCAAAUUCAUUUUUUCAAGUUCCCAAUCAUUAUUGAUUAGUUUGUUUAAUAAUUAAUCAACGAAACUAUGAAUAUAGUCGAAUUAUUAUAUUUCUUUAAGUUUCGAAUCAUUCUUUUUCUGUAGGUUUCAAAUUUUUUAUGUACAUGUCCUGUAUUUGUUUUGCUCAAUAGUGAAAAAAAUUAUGAUUUCAUCGAAUCAACAGUUUGUGAUGAUCAAGUUUUUGACAUAAAGGAUUCUGUAGCCUACUAUUGAGCAAUAACGAGUUAAUUGAGCUCUCAUGUUUGAGUGGGAAAAUUAAAAUGAUUAGAUUCAGUGAGAUUAACUUCAAACUGUCAGCUUUUUCCUUGUAAAUUACAUCGGUGAUAAUAAAAAAAUGAAAACUCUUUAUUAGACGGAGUUAAGAUUUGAAAGUAUUCUCUACCACUCAACCUUUAGGUGACUUUGUUUUCAAUGGCAGUGCUUCCCAUUUAAAAAAAUCUGACAGCUUAAAUUGUCUCUCUCUGUAGUGGGGUAUAUAAAUUUUUGUGAAUGGAGAUUAUGUAGAAAUAAAUUUGAAAAUUAGCAUUCUCCAUCAAUUUCCUAUGUAAUCGAAGACUGAAUUAUUACAAGAAAAAGCUUGAAUUUCAUUUUUAAGAUUUAUCCUGUGCUAAUUAUUAAAUUGCUGGUUAAUUUAUUGACGAUUUGAUUAGAGUUAUUUGGAUCUCCGUACCAACCGACUGUGUAAAAAUCUAUUUAUAGAAAAAUAUUUGUAUUUUUGUUUCUGCAUCCUCAAUUCCUGUUCCUUUGAUUAAUGACUUUUAUAAAAAUACUUGGUCAGAAAAUUAGUAAAAAAAAAA